UAUAAGAAGAAAUAGGAACCUUUUCUCAAGCUGAAGGCAAAGUAAAAGAAAACUGUAUCAUGUGUUAGAAUACUGAAGAGUGACAUUUCUUGGAUUAGUAUAUUUCUGGAUUGCAAAGCAAAAGAAAGAAGAGGCUGAAAAUGGGGAGAAAGAAAAUACAGAUCACAAGAAUAAUGGAUGAACGGAACAGACAGGUCACCUUUACAAAGAGGAAGUUUGGAUUAAUGAAGAAGGCAUAUGAGUUGAGUGUACUCUGUGACUGUGAAAUAGCACUCAUCAUUUUUAACAGCUCUAACAAACUCUUUCAGUAUGCCAGCACUGAUAUGGACAAAGUUCUACUUAAAUACACAGAAUACAACGAGCCCCAUGAAAGCAGAACCAACUCAGAUAUCGUUGAGACCUUAAGAAAGAAAGGCCUUAAUGGUUGUGAGAGCCCUGAUGCUGACGAUUACUUUGAGCACAGUCCACUAUCGGAGGACAGAUUCAGCAAACUAAAUGAAGAUAGUGAUUUUAUUUUCAAGCGAGGCCCUGCUCUGAACAAGAAGGAACACAGAGGGUGCGACAGCCCGGACCCUGACACUUCAUAUGUGCUCACGCCACAUACAGAAGAAAAAUAUAAAAAAAUUAAUGAAGAGUUUGAUAAUAUGAUGCGGAAUCAUAAAAUCGCAGUGAGUACUAAACCUGGCUUGCCUGCUCAGAACUUCUCGAUGUCGGUUACGGUUCCAGUGUCCAAUCCCAACACUUUAACCUACAGUAACCCAGGGAGUUCCCUCGUAUCCCCAUCACUGGCAGCCAGUUCAUCGUUAACAGACACGACCAUGCUCUCCCCACCUCAGACCACCCUGCAUCGGAACGUAUCACCUGGGGCCCCUCAGAGACCACCAAGUACUGGCAACACAGGUGGAAUGCUGGGGACAACUGACCUCACAGUGCCAAAUGGAGCUGGUACCAGUCCAGUUGGAAAUGGGUUUGUGAAUUCUCGAGCUUCACCAAGUCUACUCGGAACUACUGGUGGUGGGAAUGGCUUAGGCAAAGUCAUGCCUACAAAGUCUCCACCUCCACCUGGAGGAGGUAAUCUUGGAAUGAACAAUCGCAAACCCGACCUCCGUGUUGUCAUCCCACCCUCCAGCAAGGGUAUGAUGCCGCCAUUGUCGGAGGAGGAUGAAUUGGAGUUGAAUACCCAAAGGAUAAGUAGUUCUCAGUCUACACAGCCUCUUGCUACCCCUGUGGUGUCUGUGACAACUCCAAGUUUGCCUCCGCAGGGACUGGUGUAUUCGGCCAUGCCUACUGCCUACAACACUGAUUACUCCUUGACUAGUGCAGACCUGUCUGCCUUGCAGGGAUUUAACUCCCCAGGAAUGCUGUCCUUAGGGCAGGUAUCUGCCUGGCAACAGCACCAUCUCGGUCCAGCAGCCCUCAGCUCUCUCGUUACUGGCAGCCAGCUAUCUCAGGGUUCAAAUUUAUCCAUUAAUACCAACCAAAACAUCAACAUAAAAUCUGAACCAAUUUCACCUCCCCGGGACCGUGUAACUCCCUCUGGGUUCCCGCAACAGCAGCCGCAACCGCAGCAGCCGCAACCCCAGCCGCAGCCGCAGCAGCAGCAGUCGCGGCAGGAAAUGGGCCGCUCUCCUGUUGACAGUCUCAGCAGCUCCAGCAGCUCCUACGACGGCAGCGACCGGGAAGACCCGCGAAGCGAUUUCCAUUCACCCGUCGUGCUGGGAAGGCCACCGAAUUCAGAAGAUAGAGAGAGUCCAUCGGUAAAACGAAUGAGGAUGGACACAUGGGUGACAUAAACGUGCAGUGUUGCCUCUUCAGUUUUGUGUUCUCAAAAUGAACUGUCCUGACAUAUCUAAAUUUAUAAAUAAGGACAUGAAAUAAGUAUAUUUAUAUGUAUAUACAUACAUGCAUAUAUAUAUCUUCACAUGCAUAUAUAUGUGCUAGUGUGUGUAGCAUACACAAAACCAUCAGGCACUUAUGACAAACUUCUUGUAUAGCUGCAGAUGUCCCAUGGUAAAAUGUAACAGAACAAUCCUAUAGGUAUUGAUCUAGUCUGGCACUUCCCUGGACUUGUUGUUUUAAUAAUAUAACCUGUUUUGCAAAGAAACAUUGUACCCGCAUUAUAAUCCUACCACACUAGAUCGCAGAAACCAAGAGGGCUCGCCUGUAGUAAUGUCCCUGUGUGUUUUAUUCAAGCUGUAUGGUUACUUGUAGUUAAGAAAUAAUGCUUUGUAGCAGCAGAGCAGUAGACAAGCAGGAAGAAGAAAGCAAUACUGUACAUAAAACGACCUUUAUAUUACCCAACCUGGCAUGGGUCUCUAUUGCAGAGGGUGCAUGGAGAAGGGCUGAUGCUAUAAGAAAUAAAAAAAAAAAAAAACAAAAACAAAAACCCUGUUUUGCACGUGCAAAAAAAAAUAGCGUAUUGGGUCAAAGAGGUGAUUUUUUUAAUGAGUGAGAGAGAGACAUAGAGAACUCGCAUGAAAUAUUCAGAAAAUAUUAGCCUAGAAAAUAGAAAAUUAACAAAAUAAAAUUAAUAUAUUAAGUUAUAAUUGGAAUAUGUUUGACAAAUUUGUUUUUACGUUCAUACCUUUGAAAAAUAUAGAAACGGAUUUUAGCUCAUGUAUAUUUUAUAUUAAAGAAAACAAUACCCUAAUGAAUUGAAGACUAUAUAUAAAGUUAUAUACAGUACUUUUGAACACAUUCUGCUAUGAAUUAUUUAUAUAAGCCAAAGCUGUAUGUUGUAGCUUUUUUGUAGAGUAUAGUUUUAUCUUAUUUUGACUUUCUAGUUUUUGCUUUCAAAGAUGAAAAGGAAAAACUUGCAGGCAGAACCUUGGGGGAAAAAUAAGCCAUGAACACUUAUAUGUAAAUUUAAAUUUGAGCCAAACUCUUUGUGUAUAUAGCAUCCUAAAUAUAUUAUCACCUUUGGUGUAAGUACCUAUGUAUUGUACGUUCACCAGAUUAAAAAGUAUAUUUUUGUGGAUUGACGCCAACUUGAAAAAAGGCGAGGUCCUUAUUAAGUAGAGUAUUCACUGUUUAAUAUUUACUAUUUUGUUAAAUAUACUGUACUUUCUUUGGAUUUUAAUUAUUAUUAAUAUUAUUAUCCAGAUUUUUCAGAGGGUGUAUAAAGGGGUUGUCCCCCUCACUGGUGGUGAAUGUGUGCCGUUAAAUUGUAAUCUCUGUGCUGUAUGGUUAAGCUUCAUUAUACAUUUUAUAUAUAUGUAUAUAAAUAGCAAAGUGGCAAAAAAAAAAAAAUCCGGUGUUAAGUUCAUCCUGCAUAAAUAUAAAAAAUCUGUUACAACACAUUUUAAGGCAUCAUUUUAAAGCUGCCUCUUCUGAGGAGGAAAAAAAAAAACCAGUGGAAAAACUUGACCUAAUUUCUCAUGAUAGGGAAAUAACACAUAUCAGAUGAGCACAAAAGGUUUUUUAAGUUGGUAAGUGGUUUGGGAUGGAGCCUCAGCCUCAGAAGUAAAUUUGCCGCUUCCGUGAAAUAGAGCGGGGAGUCCAGAGCCCCGUCGUGUCGUAAGCCCUGGCGAGGAGAGGGGUUUGUUUUGUGCUUGGAUUCGGUAGCGUCAUCUUAUUUGCAGUGUCCGGCUGUGUGGUAACGGGGACGGCAAGGACAGCGAGGGCAGCGUCCUCUCUGCUGGUAGCUUCGAGGCCCUGCUCAGAGCAGUCCGUCGGCGGGGGUAGAAGCCGGGUUUGAGCAGCAGGAAGUCUCAGGAGCCCAAACCUCGGUGUGCCGGCUUACACCGGCUGCGUUUGGUGGCGCUGAUGUCGCGUUAGGGAGCGUUCUCGCCUUGUCGAAAUCGGGGCGCUCUCCAGGUCCUUGCUGUCCAUCUCAUCUCCCGGCACCUGUGAAGCAUCCGUUUGUACUGGGAACCAAAUUAAGUAGAUACAACUAAAUCUUACCGCUGGUAGUUCUAGUUCUGGGGAAGAAACUAUAGUGCUGUUUGAUUAUCCACGCUCCUUUAAAGUUAUCCCUGAUAUUCAUUAAAUUUUUGCUUGGGCUUUAAAUUUUUUUUUUUGGUAAUUUAAAAAAAUCACUUCCUUGGUACUGUAACCAAGAAGUGUGAGAAAUGGAAAUCCAAGGGGGACAGCUACCUCCUCGGCUGCUUGCUUUCAUGCGUGAUUGAAGAACAAAGUCAGUGCAUACAGCCCCCAAAACUGAUCUCUUGUUGUCAUGGUAACUUUUAAAAACCAGACAGGUUUCAAUUCAUUUCAGCCGCUUACCUUUGGAAAUUACUCUCCACUUACUGUAGUUAGUUACCAGUUUACAGAAGCGUAGAGGAAACUGAGACUCUUUCUAAUGGCAACUAUUUCCGAAGUGACUGAAUUCACUUACCACUUCAGAGAACCUUUUAACGCUCUGAAAAGUUAUGUGAUUUUUUUCAUUAUUUAUGCACAUAUAUGAACUUUGCUGUACAUCUGAGUGGGAGUUCUGCAUUCACAUUUACUGUCUAUUUUCUUGUGUGCCUUAUAAGAUGGCUUUGCUGACUGUAUCUCAAUAGUCUUUAUUUCUAUGCAGGUUUUUAAACAGUACUAUUACUGUUUUCUUAAAGAAAAAAGCUACAUAAGGGUUAGAGUUUGUAUUGAAAUUGCACCAAUGAAUUUAAAAAAAAAAAAUAAUCGGUUCUGAAGAACUGCUACCGGGACUGCUCACACGUUGCCCCAAACCCUCCACCAGACUCAGCAGAACAAGUCUUUCCGCGGAGCUCCCGUGUCAGGGGGAGAAUCUCACGCCGUUGAAUAAACGGGAAUCCUGAUUUUUAAUAACAAGUAACUAACUUUGGAACAUACUUUUUUAGGAAUUGUAAAAAUGUUUUAUAAAAAAAAAAAAUGACAUAGCACAGAUAUUUCGACAGGUAAAAAAUACUUUUUUUAAUUAAUGCUACUGAAUGAAGUUGCAAGUGGAUCCAAUCCUAGUCUGAACCCAUUCGAGUCUGAAUGAAUAAGAUUUUUAUCUCUAUUGUGACAAAUCACCUCUCCAUCUUCGAGCUCUCACUAUAGUGUUUAAAAAUACACGUUAUCAGGGAUUCGUCAGAGAAAAAUGCUUUAGCCUUUCCUUUCACUUAAAGGACACUAAUGCAUCAGAAACUUGCGAAUUACUGUGCGCACAAGAAAUACAUAGUAAAUAAGGAACAAAACAACUCCUAACAAUUGAUCAUGGGAAGAAGUUAAAUCAGAAUGUGAAAGAAAGACUUAACAAAUGUAAACGUUUAAAUCUUAGUAGAAACUUUCUUCACUUUGCUGUGCAAGAGAACACUGCUUUGCUAUAUUUAAAAUGGCUUUUUUAAAAGAGAUUUAUGUAUUUGGUAAAUGUUUGUAGUCAACAGUUCACAAAGAAGCUGUUCACGGUUUAAUGAUGAUAAGCCGUUUGGCGGCACAAGCUGGACUUUGUUGCCAUCCUUGAGACGAAUCUUUUAAGAAAAAAAUAAGUUAAUCUCAAUUUUUUUCCCUGAAUGUGUUGUUUUUUCUUCAAUAUACAAUAAAUAUUCUAGUGAACUUUUUAUCAAAUGGUUAAGAAAAUGCUAGAGGUUGUUGUAAAAUAUUUGUAUCCUGCAUUCACUAAAGUAAAGAUACUGGCUUUUACUGUGUA